GUCAGCAGCGCGAGCUGUGGUUCGUGCCGCCCUUAGCAAGUGGCCGCGAGUCGCCUCACGCGGGUGGCGCUUCACACACGCAGGGGUCGGCGGCUCGUUGGGUGCUGCUCCCCUCAGUUCCCAGCGGCGGCGUGGGAAGGGAAAUGGAACAGCCCGGCUGCUCGCUUCUCUUCGAUUUUACAGCUGUGGCAAAGCCGUGCAAGGCUAAGAUGGGCCUGGGGGAACCUCGCCAGCUCCCGCCUGCGGAAUCGCCUUGUGGCGAGGUGGCGGAAGGGCCCGUUGGGGCACUGAGGAGCAAGGGAUGGAGGAGGGAGGUUAAGGCAGAACCAGCGCUGGGGGUGUGGAAGGAGGCUCGAGCCCCUUGUGCUCGGAAGUGACGAGCGGGCUCCUCCUGCUGCUGGGGAACAUAACCGGGCGGCAGGGCGCGGUAGGGAGCACCCGGCGCCGGGCAAAGGCUGUGCCGGCGGUGCGGCAAUGCAGGUCCCCAUUUUCACGGUUGAUGCCUUUACAAACCGGCCGUUUUGUGGAAACCCCGCGGCAGUUUGUCUGCUCGAAAAUGACUUGGAUGAAGAUUUGCAUCAGAGAAUCGCGACAGAAAUGAACCUUUCGGAAACUGCCUUCAUCAGAAAACUGCACCCUACGGAUGACUUCACCAAAAGUUCCUGCUUUGGACUCCGAUGGUUCACCCCAGCCAAUGAAGUUCCUCUCUGUGGUCAUGCUACACUUGCCUCAGCUGCUGUUUUAUUUCACGUAAAAAAAAACCCGAACUCAGUUCUUACUUUUGUGACUCUGAGCGGGGAACUGAAAACAAGACAAGAGAAAGACCAUAUUGUGCUGGACUUACCGCUUUACUCAACCUACCCACAGGCACUUCAGGAAGUAGAAGAGUUAAUAAAGGCUGCCACUGGUGACAUGAUUGUUCAAGAUCUCCGUUAUUCCCCUGACACAAAGAAACUCCUAGUCCGCCUCAGCGAUGCUUACGAAAGGUCUGUGCUGGAAGAGCUGCAAGUGAGAGCACAAAGUUUUCUGUCAGCUGAAAAAACCGGAAAAGUAAAAGGACUCAUACUUACUCUGAAGGGAAAGUCCAAUGGAAAAGACAAAGGCCAUGAUUUUUACUCCAGAUAUUUUGCACCUUGGUACGGCGUGCUGGAAGACCCUGUUACAGGAUCUGCCCAUGCUGUUUUAAGCAGCUACUGGUCAGAGCAGCUGGGAAAGAAAGAAAUGCUUGCUUUUCAAUGUUCUCGACGUGGAGGAGAGUUGAAGAUUUCACUUCAAAAUAAUGGAAGAGUUGAAAUUGCGGGGCAAUUUGCUAUUGUAUUGAAAGGAAACUUGACUUUAUGAAGAAACUGACACUAACAAUUUAAUCUAUCACACCUUUACAUUAUUCAUAUUGUGUUGAUUAUGUCUUAGUUUUAGGCAGUGAAUUACCACUGUCCUCAAAAAUCUUUGAUUACUUACUGCCCAUUUUUUAAAACUGCUUGAAAGUGUUCACUUUUGAUCUUGAAGAUCCCUGGUAUUGUUUUCUUCACUUUCAUCUCAAGACUUUGCCUGUAAACUGAUCUCAGAAAUUGUCCAAGGACAGCCCUCUUAUUUUUCUGCUCUUAAAUAAUGUUUUUCUUCUUUUUUUUUUUUCCCAAUUUCCACAUUAAAAGCCACUUUACCUCCUGGAUUGAUUUAUAAACUUCUUUAUUUGGUAAAACAAACUGAUUAUAGUCAGCUUACUUUCUCUGCCACACAUUGAAAUGUUUCUUAUGUUCCUUAAUUUACUUGAAUUAAAGCAUGAAGAAAAUACAAAAAUAUUGACAUAGCAAUCCCCUCAAGACUGUUAAAAAAUUGGAAAAAAAAGAGAAAAUGUGAUUGGUUACUGUCAUGUCAUUUACUUUUGAAGGACUGAAGAUUUACUCCUAAAUCAAAAUUUAUUCUCUAAUGUUCUUCUUUGAGCGUACUGCUUCAGAUGUCACUUUUUCCUUUAUUGUUCCUAUCUUCCUCUGGAUUUAUUAGGAAUAUAUUAAGUAAUGGAGUUACUCUAGCUAAAAUUCUUUUUUUCCUUUCAAAUCACUUUUCUCCUAAAAUUUGAAUUAAUUCUUUAGUAAAAUCAUGGAAGCAUAGGGUUUGGAAGAGAACUCUGGAGACCAUCUAGUCCAAUCCCCUGCUGAAGCAUGUUCUCUACAGUAUGUUGCAAAGGAAAGCAUCCACGUGGGUUUUGAUUAUCUCCAGAAGAGACUCCUCAACCUCUCUGGGCAGCCUGUGUUAGUGCUCUGUCAUCCUCACAGUAACAAAGUUCUUUGUCAUGUUCAGAUGGAGCUUCCUGUGUUCCAGUUUGUGCCCAUGGGCCCUUGUGCUGUUGCUGGGCAUUGCUGAAAAAAAGAAUAAUGUGUUUUGAAUUCAAAGGCAUUGUCACAGUGUAGGAACAGCUGAAUCCUAUAUACAGUCCUUUAUAAAUUCUGAGGAACUUACUUGUGCCCAAUUAUUGUAUUUCCAGCCAUUUUGAAUUUUAACACAACUUAUAACUCACUGAAGCCCAAGCAUCUGGGGGCAGAUAACAGUGUGAAAAUCCUAGAAUUUAUUUAAAAUAAAAGUUCCUUGUUAUUGUGGCCACACAAGACUUAUUGAAUAUGUGAUUUAAAUGCACCACAAAGCUUAAGAACUAGGUGGCAAGCAAAUCUCAAAUUGAAAUGUGUAUUUUUCUCUAUUCAGGCUUGCUGAAGUUCAGGGACCUGACAUACAAUUUAUGAAUAUGGAAUCAUUGUAUGCAAGGCACUGCAGUGGAUGCAACUCAACAGCAAUGCUGCAGAGGCAUAUUUUGCAGUCGCUUUGACCUUGUCUUCUCAAAGUCAUCACUUUACAUGUAAUGACUUAGACCUGCUUGAGCCCUCCUGCAAGCUUGUUUUGCUGUACUUGCUCCUUUAGUCUGGUUUAUAAAAGUGUGAGAAUAGUCCAUUGUCUGAGAGGCUUUCAAAAAAAAAACAACCCACCUCUUUAAGAAUAUAAAUGAUCUAAAAAAGCAAUUAUUGUUCAUCUGUUGACAUUUAACAAACAGUACUUUUUUCUUUCUUUUUUCUUUUUUUUACCCAGGGGGGCUAAUAAUGAACAAGGGCUGGGAAAUUUUAUAUAUCUCUGCUAUCUAAAUUUCCUGACUAAAUGAAUAAACUUGCUGCUUAAUGCAUUUUUUUUAAUGGUUUACUACUACUUAGUCUCUUUCAGUUCUGGAUAGAAAAAUCACCAGAGCUCAGGUGGGAUACUAUGCAGUAAUGUGUUUUUAAUCAACAGAUUAGUUAAUCAGCCAUGAUUAAUUAAUGAUGAAUUAAUUAUACCUUAUUGUGCAGUUCUGCUGCCUAAAUUGAGCUUUAAAGGAGUUAUUUUAUUAAUCAUCAUUGUGCUAAUUGCAGACACUUACAGAAGGAUCGCUAAUUAAACAUGCAACCAUAUGCAAAGCAAGCAAGGCUGCUGAGAGUGGCAAGAAAAAGAGCGCUGAUUUUCUAAGUAGCAACUUUAUUGUAAUGAAAUAUUGUACAGUUGACCUGGUGAUCCUAAUUACUCACUAAGACUUAUUUUAGCACAUUGCACAUUUUCAGUCAACGGUAAAGGAGAUUAGUUGUUGGAACAAAUUUUGUCUGUCUUUCCUAAUGGAAAAAGUAAGUUGUGGGAACUUCAAACAAAAUUAUUUAGAAUUUGUGUGGCCUUGUUUCACAUUUUCAUUCAAAGAUUUCACCUACUGCUACUUGAUAGUUGUUAAGUUACUGUGGUACCAAAUUUAAUGUCCAUUACACUUGAAAUGAGUACUGUGACUCAAAGUUACACGAGUUUCACACCAAAAAGAGGAAAGUGGUGUUUAAACUAAGUUAGUUUCUAAGGGCCAACGUCAGUAUGGAAAAAGCAGAUGGGAGACAUUAAUUAAAGACGGAUUUCUGUGAAGAAAAUUCAUCUUCAGCUUAAGCAGCACAACUUUUUAGAUCUUUGUAACUCUAAAAAUAAGAUUUGUGGGCAGCAGAAUUUCAUGGAGAUGUCGUCACUGUGGACUUCCGUCUUUUUUUUUAAUGCGAGUUGUUAGGCCUUUCACAUUAAUUAAAUAAAAUUUAGUUUCAGAGACAUUUUUGUUGGACUGACCAUAUAGUAUUAUUAAAAUUAUCAGUGUAAAACUCAAGUGUUUACUGUGCAAAUUUCUGACAUAGGAUCAUUGCAAGCCACUCUGUGUUUUUGAAUAAAGACCUGGCUGGAUCCAGGAGUCAAGACAUGAAAAUUUAAGUGCACGUUUGCUCACUUCUUUCUUGCGUGCUUCAGAAGUCCAGCUCAUGUAGGAGCUAGGGAAAGCGUACAUGACUUAGAGGAAGGGAGCAAAAUAAGAAAAUAAUCAAUCAGAAGAUAGAAACCAUUAACUCUGCUGCUACAGAAAUGAAUGUACAGGUAAAAGGGAGGAAAGAAAAACAGAAAUCCAGUUUUAUAUAUAGUAAGCCUUUUUACAGUUUUUCUUUAAGGAUUCAUGAAAAUACCUUGCAUUUCUUCUGCGUUAUCUGGAUGAAAAUAGACUGCAUAUAUUAAAAAGUUUUCUUCUGAAAUUGGAAAAUUUUGCGAAAAGUUGAAAUAAAAGAUUUCGCAAAUGUGUACACAACAGGAGGCCAUAGACAGGAGCCAUGUGUUCACAAGGGAUAGGAAGGAAAAUUAGCAACAGAUGAGACAGUUAUUUCUAGGAAAUGAAAGAUUUCUUUGUCUCAGUACUCAUUAGAGUGACAAGGAAACAUGCCAGAAACAGAGGGAACCUUCCCAGGAGAAGAAAUGGAAAAUAGAAGAAAAUUGUGGGUGAUGAUGUAUCAAAUGAAAAUGAAAUUAGUUCAAUUAAAAACUGAGAAAUACCCAAAUUAAGCAGUUUCAUUCUGACCUCAGGAACUUUUUAUUAAUUUGUGUUUGUAGAGGAGUAGAUCUGUCUUAAGAUCAUUACCAAACUUAUAAAAAAGGGCAGAACAAAGAAUAUUUUUACUUGCUGAGUCACUGUCCUUUCUUUAGUUUCCUUCCUUCCUUAUUCCUUCUUUAUUUUCCUUUAUUUCCUUCUACAUUUCCUAAAAGUUGCUGCAAGCUCCAACUGUAAAGUUUCAAAAGAACGUGGAAAUAAAGUAACAGGAAGUAUCGUCCUAAAUAGUAGGAAUGUGCGAGAAAAGUUGACUGGAGUCAGUUUCAGCCCAUGAUGUUUAGACUUAGCAUCUAAAGCACACUACUAAAACAUUGAAUUCUAAAUGUUUCUAAAUUCAUUGCUUUCUGUAGAGAGAAAUUAAAUUUGGUUGCUGUGUUUUUUCCUUAUUCAUUGGUGAAAUAGAACAUCACCUGGUUACAGGAUCCUGAAUCAUAUACACAGAAGUUUUGUGCACUUUCCAAAUGUUCUGUGAUUUUUUUAUGGUACUCUCAAACCAAGGAACCACUUUCCCAUACAUUAUUUUUGUCCUAUUAAAAUUUUAGUAUGGAUAAAAUACACUAGGCAAACACAAGACAAUUUCAAACAUUUCAAUAAUUGAGCAGAAGAAAGAACUUGUAGGGGAUAAAUCAAGUGAGUUUGUGGGGUGGAAAAGGAUAUGUAUCCUCUGUAUAGAGACUACUAUGUGAGUAUAUUUAAAAGUCAUGUUCCCAGUUUCUGUCACUACUUGAAGUUAAUGAUGCUUUGACAGUUUGGAUGCUUUGGGAAUGUAGGCUGAGCAGAUUGCAGCAGAGCUGGAACAAACUCUGAGGCACAAGAAAUCCAGGAACACAAAUUUGAAUCCAGAUGUGUUCUCUACUGACCUAUUGCUUACACAUUUUGGAUCCAAACCAAAGGGGUGUUGCUUGAGUGCCUGUCCAGCCAAGCUCAAUUCCACUUGGAAUUUUUGAAUUUUUAUUCUGUUUCAGAAAGCCUCCUUUUUUCAUAAAUAUUUAUGGUUAUAGACUGAAAUAAAUGAUAAUAAUUAUGAUAAUUUCUGCCACCAUAUUCAGAAGGAAAUGUCUCUUUUCUGAACAAAAAUAAUUGUUUUAAAAACAGCUUUUUGGACUUUAAUGGAUUUAUGAGUAGUAACUUUCUGAAGACACAUUUGAUUGAUGCAGGCAUUUAAUAUCACCGUCUCCAUUCUUACCCGUAUUUUUGAGUAGUAUGCUAACUGUAACUUUCAGCAACCUUAGCAGUUAAUAGCAUCAAUAGAUGAAGUCCCCUAUUAAUAAACAACUGUGGGCAUUUUCUCAAUAAAGUUACAAUUUCAGCAGAAAAAAAAAGAUUAAAAGGAAACACCUGCUCCUGUAAAUUACUCUGCUGCAGGUACCAACCCAGGAGACUCUGCAGAUGGUUGUGUGUUUGCAAACCUGACCUCAACACACCUUCAUCAAUCUCUGACUGAUUGAUUCUUUCUGAAGUAGAGCACACCAUAUCCCAGGGUACUAGAAGACACCUUUGCAUUAGUCCCAGUCAGGAUAACAACUAAUUGGUACUUUUUUUCAUUUUUAGAAGUUCUUAACAAAGAAUGUUUUAGCAUAAAGGAUAAAUUUUCUCAUCAAGCACCAGCACUGACUGGAAGACAGUGCAAUCAUACAGUCCCAGGAAGAAUUACUCGGAAUUGUACUUUAAAAGUUAUAAUCCUUGCUAGAUUUCUCUGAUAACUGGGAGUAUGUGUUAAAUUGCUUUGUGCCCCAGGAUUAUGAGAUUGACAAGAAGAAAUAAAACACUGAUCACUAAAAUGAUACAGCAUGAAUUCAUAUGCUGCCAGUCAAGAAAAAGAGAGGUCCUAAAUUCUGUCUGUUCAUUUUCCCUUUUCCUCUCUUUUUGAGCAUCUUACUUCUAUCUUACUUCUCUUAUUGAGGCCUGAGACUAAUUAUGCCAAGCUGUUCUUAGCUGAGACAAACUCUAUCAUGUGCAUUAUCCAGUGUGCACUUAUGUAGAAGCCUUGUACAAUUUACUGAGUCCAAUCUAAUCAAUACAUCCAUUUGUCUUUGUAGAAUUCGUUAAAUCUGUUCUGGAAAACAAAAAAUAUUUCUGAUAAAAAUGGACACAUGUUUGUGUUCCCUGUUCAGUCUUCCACAUUCCUAUUUUGUGCAAAACUCAGAGGAAAACAAUGAAUGAUGUACUGGUGUGUUUCGGGCUUCAGCGAUACCAGUAAAAUAUUUGGCUUUGUUUCUUUUUCAUUGAACACUUAAAUUUUACAGUUUUUUUACUCUCUGAAUGACUGAUUGGCAUUUAAUGGCUUAAAGAAGGUGUGUUCUUUCCCUGAAGAAGAAGAUAGGGUAAGGGAAUUUAAUCUGUGUGCAGUUUCCCUGAAUUCUUCAUAGAUUCAGAUUUGUUGGAUUGCUGUCUUGGAUUUUUAGGUAAUUUUGAGUGUUUUCUGCAUUUCAUAGAUGCACAGAUAAAAAACCACCAUCUAAGUUAUGGCCUCAAUGCAUAUCACAGAAAGUAAUAUUUCACAAAGAAAUUUAGGUAUUGAAGCCAAUGCAUUGUGAUUUAGGUAUAGUAGAAAGACGUGCAAAUUUGAUAUGAAAAUGUAAGCUUAUGAAGAAUCUAUUAUAUUGCUUGGUAAACUGUGUAGGAAAUGUUUGCAUUUUCUGGUUAAGUUGUGUUUCCUGUUGAUGAUUUUUGAACUUUGUCCUGAACCUGUUGGAACUUCAUGCUGGUUUUUCUGUUAGAUUAAGUAGCCAUUGCUCUAAAGCUUGCAUUCCUGACAUUUUGAUGUGUUAGAACUUGGCCUGGAAGUUUUCCUGGUGUUUAAUUGCAAAAGCAUCACUAAUAAUUUUAACUGAUAGGACUUUUAUUAAAUGCACUAUUAAAUGUCAGCCAGUCUAGAUUACAAAAUUGUAGUUAUUACCGUAUUCAAAUAUUCCUUAAACUAUAAGGAACAACAAAGUGAUACAUACCUUUUUGAUUCUCGAUGGUAUAUGAGGAAGACCAGUUACAAUAGAAGUAUAGCUGCCUCACUGCAUUUUUUGUAUUAGGAAUUAAAGUCUGUGAGUAGGUGAUGAUACAUCCAAUUAAAUGAACACGAUAAUUUUGUACAUUUCAAAGCACAUGUGUUUAACAGAAGUGGCUGCAUGUAUUCUUGAAAAAUCUUUUUAUUUGAAAUUUCCACUGUGAUAUUAAUUAAGGCGAGGAAACUUCCUGAAUUUGGAAUUUGGAUCAUUCCAGAGAAAAUGCUGGUAAAAUCUGAUAUAAUGCUGUCACUUGAGAUUCUUGGUAUCUUUAGAAUAGUAAUCAGCUAGCUAGUAGAAUCAGCUAGCUCCAUGGGAGAACAGUAAACAAAUAACAAGCUUGUUGAUAGUAAAUAUUCAAUCCUUUUUCUGUAUCAGUUUUUAUUCUCUUGUACCUAGUGGGAAACUUUGUUCUUUGUGCAUUCUAAAUCCAUCCAGCAUUAUAUCUGACCAAUCAUCACAUUGUUCCUCUAUUCACAACCGUCUUUAGUACUGGCUUUUAAAGUAUAUCCGUCACAUCUAAUUCAUUAGAGUUUGGAAAUGUGACACUUGGGAGAUCUGAAAAUUUGAAACAUCGCAUGUUACCAUGUGCCUGACUACAACAUCUUAAUCUUUCAGAACUGCAUUUCUUUUUGAUGGAAAAACCUCUGUGGCGUCCUGCUGUCCAUUUGGACAAAAGAGCAGAUGUGUUAUAUGCGUGAAUGCGUGUGUGCUCAUCUGCCUAUGGCAGGAUACAAAAAAUAGAGCUACAAAAGUUCCUUGUUAAGUUGGAAAGCAUUAAUUACAGCAUCAAGCCUUACAGUUAACAGUGUAAACCUUUUUUAAAUUGAGUGUGGAUUACUUAAUUUACAUAAUAGUUUAAUUAUAAAGUCAAAAUGUAAUGGUAAAGUACCACUAAAGAAUGAAAUGAGGUACGUGUGUGUAUAUAUCUAUAAAAAAUACACAUAUAUUUGUGUACGCCAA